UGGAGGCGGGAAGCGUAGUCCUUGAAGGCUGGCAAGAUGGAGAAACGAAGCCGGAUCUUGAAGCCGUCCCCGAGCCAGGGGCCCCAUCACUCCCCGGUGGCCCUCAGGAGAGACAGGAGGCCGAGCAUGUUCGAGAGGGAGGCCUAUGCACAGAUCUUAAAAGAAAGACUGAGAGAAUCUUUUCAUGAUGUCCAGUAUGUGGAACCUCCAUUUGAUGACUCCAUUGCUGACAUAGGUAAAGAAUGGAAGAGUGCCCUGUCCAAAUUAAAGUUUGCUAAUUCAUAUAGAAUGGAGCCGUUGAAGAAAUUCCAAGCACAUCCAGUAGAAACUAAAAUUCAGCAGAUAUUAAAGGAAAGUCUUAAAGAUGUCAAAUAUGAUGAGAAAGUCUUCUCUCACUUGUCACUUGAAUUGGCAGACCAAAUAUUGACAGUAGUCAAAGAUUUUGGGUACCACCGUUAUAAAUUCAUUAUAAAAGUAUUGUUUAUUCAGAAGACUGGUCAAGCAAUAAAUAUUGCCAGCAGAUGGAUCUGGGAUGUGGCAUGGGACAGCUGGGUACAAGCAAAACAUGAAACUGAGUCUUAUGUGGCAUUAGUCUUGGUAUUUGCUCUCUAUUGUGAAUAG